UAUACAAUCCAUCGUGUGUGCGGAUCGGCUGGUUCGAUGCGUUUCACACACGUCCGAGCGAAGACAGUGAGGCAAAGUGUAUUGCGGUAAUUUGUAUGGUGGGUUUGUGUUCGGUUCGUUGCGUUCACUUCAGUUAGUGUUCAGUUGGCAGCCGAGUGACAGCUGUUUUGUGCUCCGUACAAAAGUUUUUUUUUUCUUCGUGGAUAAAACACACGGUUUGUUUCUUGUUUUAUUACGUGUACGUUAGCGAAACACCGUCAGAAGUGUGUAUAUUUGGUUUUGGUGGACUGUUUUUUUUUUAAUUUCGGACGAAUUUUGAUGUGUUGGUGAUUUUUUUUUCUUUCUCUUCUCAAGAGCAUGUGUUAAUUCGGUGAAUCCAAUUUCCGAUAUCGCCAACAAUAUUGCCUACAUUGGAUUAAUCGCUGAAUCAUCAACAAGUGUAUCGAUGGAAAUACAGUGAAUACGGUUCAAAAGUGAUUGAUUGAGACAGAGAAAAGUGCCUUGUUCCCGUUAGAAUAUUGAUUGUGUCUUUGAACCAAGUGCAUUGUUUGAGUUUUGGUUUCUGUCAAAUUGUUUUUUUGUCUUUGCUGCGAUUGACUUUUUUCGGGACAAAACCGAAUUGACUAAGGAACCAAAUUGACUAGCAAACAAAAAUUGACUGAAAGAAAUUGGCUGAACAAAAAAUUGUCUAAACACCAAGAAGUGAUCGACUUUCUCAAGACAAAAAUUGUUUUGUGUACUUUUCUCAAACAAAAAGUGAUCGACACACACACACACACACAAUUAGUGAGACUGUGAAUCAUUGAUUUUCAGUGAGCGACACACAAAGUGACUAUUUCAUUCAAAUUGCAACAACGAAAGGUAACACAAAUAAAACAACAAACACACACUCUGGACCAACAAUUGCUUUUGUAAAUAACAGCGCUUAAUUUAUGAUUAAUAUCGCAUGUCCAUAUUGGCUUUUGGUAUCUUUUGCAUCACAUUCAUGUAGUUUUCCAGCUAAACAAUACAAAAACAAAAAACAUUCGCUUUGGUUUUACCGUAAAAAUGUCAUCAGGUGACGGUGAAUUGAUGUACGAUUCUAAUGCGAUAGUGUGUUGUUGUCAUUGACAAUCGGCAAUCAAUAUCGAGAACGACGACAACGACGACAAACACAUGGCUGUCGUGGUGCCGUGUCUAUGGCCCACCUGUGCAUGUGAGUGCAAUCGAAACACCCUCACAAAAAAUAACAACAACCGAUGGAAAAAUUCAUAACGAAACACAUUUUAUAAACCAUCUGCCAAUUUAUAUCGCUGUUGUGAGACGUAUUUGUUUACUUGUUUGUGUAUUCACCGUGAACUACUGUCACUGUAUUCUUUUUUUUUCGUGUGUUUAUGCCUUGUCUAUUUUAUCGGGGAAAAUAUUUUUUGUUUUUUUCUGUUCUAUCAAACGAGAGCGAAAAGUGUUUGUAGUGCACAUUUUUCUGUAAACUGAGUUUUACUAAGUUGUCUUGUAACUUAACGCCCCAACACUUGCGAUAAAUUAUUGACAGUGAAUAUUCGACGACACACUUUUUUUCGCCUCAUUAGUGGAGAUCGAUUUUUUGAGCUGAAACGGUGAAUUUACGACGCAAUUUUGACACAAGUGUAUUGAAAAUUUCACUCUUUUGAAGCGAUUCAACUGCUUUUGAUCUUUGGAGAAAAAAUUCCCUUCGAUUUUGAUCGGUCAUUUUGAGGAAUUGAAGUGCAGAGUGACAUUUUUCCCAUUGUCAAGUUGAUAAUAAACUCAAAGCAUUGAAAAUCGAUAUAAACUGCGGUUGAAAUGAAUAAUUAAACUGUCGUUCCAAUUGAAAAUUGAUAGAAAUUCUUCAAAAUAUCGAAAAUAAACUACAGAACUUACAGAUAGCAAUCAAAUUUUGAAGGAAAACAAUAAAAAUCGAAGAUAAAAACGUAAAAAUUUGAAAGAAAACAUUUUGACAAACUUGAUAAAAUUGGAAAAAUACACCAAAAGUUUGUAGAAAUUCAUACAAAAUCAACAAACAAGUGGUUCAGAACGAGACAAUUUGCUCAAAAGCCAGCUGAGAAGGUCCAUGCAAAAUCAUGAACAUUUCCAUAAUAAUACCUGAAAAACGUCGUAAAGUCGUCGGAAAUCACAAAUAAACCGUCGAAAAUUACAAAAAAAUUCAUGAAAAUUACAGAAAAAAUUGUUGAACGUCAAAAAAAUUGAAGAACAAUAGUCGCUGGUCGUCACUAAAUCAAUGAAAAAAAAACUUCAAAAUUCAUUAAAAAUCGUCGAAUUUUGUCAAAAAGAAUCGAAAUUCUUUGAAUUUUGUAGAACAAGUCGUUCGAGAGCCUACAAAAUCCUUUUUGUAAAAGCUAAAAAUCGUGAAAAAAAACUCAAAACACCCAAAAAAAUUGUAAAAACUCCUCAACUGUCGUCGAUUAGACACUCAACACAGCGCGACCAAAAAAAAUGUCUCAAGUGUUGUUAGUUUAGUUUAAAAAAUUUGGUGGUUUGUACUUAACUGUCCCUCAUCAUCGAUUCAUCGCUUAAUCUAUCGCUAGAUAAUACUAAGAAAACCAAAAGUUGUGUGCAUAGUAAAAGAAAAAAUGGCUAAAAUGAAACCUACUUUAGAGGAUUACAUAUUCGACAUGGAGACGCGGCCACCGGACCAUGGCACGCCAAACGAUCAAGAUCUGUGGACGCAAUUGCAGAAAAAAGAGUCGGAUUUACUGUUGGCCGCCGAGCUGGGCAAAGCGUUGCUCGAGAAAAACGAAGAGUUGGCCAAACAACAGGAGAAAAUCAUCGAAGAAUAUUCCAAGAAGCUUGAGUGUCUGGAACAAGAGAAGCAUAUUUUACGACGAAAACUGUCAGAGGCGGAAAGUGAACGAGAUUUACGUGUACAGGAACUGGAAUCCGACUACAGUGAUCUAAAAUCAAAGCUAAUGUCACAGGAGUCAUCGGUGCGGCACAAUGAACGCGAGAAAAAUGUACUGGUCGACGAGUUGGCAUCACAAAAUGCCCGGCUCACACAACAGCUCCAAGCAGCCAAUCAACUCGAAGUCCAACUCAGCAAUAAACUGCAAGAAUUAAAAAGUCAAUACAACAUUCAGCAUCAAACCUUACAGAAUCACAUCAACGGUUUGGAAAGUCUUAAAGAUGAAUUAAAUAUCAUCACGAAAGCGAAACACGAACUCGAAAAACGGCUACAGACCACUGUCAUCGAGAAAGAAACGAUAUUCUCAUCGUUGGAAGAAGCUCUCGAUCGGAUACACACACUGGAACGACAUGCGCGGGAACAAGAAUCGAAAUUACAGUCAACGACACAGCACCUCGACCGUGUGCAAGAGGAAAAUAAUGCGCUGUAUGAAAAAUUAGGAUCUAUUCAAAAUUCGCCACGACAUUCAUCAUUGAUGAAUGAGAUGGAAUGUGAUGAAGACCAAGGAAUUGGCGAUAGCAAUAAAUCACUCAAUACGAUUGAUGCAAUAGCGAAAGAAGCGCGCACCGUAUAUAAUCAACUGAAAAUGCUCCAUUUCACGCUGAAAGGCAACCAUGACGGUGAUUCGGGAUUACAUUCCGAUUUGUUUUUGGGUUCAGCGGAUCAGUCAUCGACAAAUCAAUACGAUUCAACCGAAGAGUUGCAUCAAGGUAUGCUGUCCGCAUUGACCGAUGACAUCAUCAACUUGAUCAUGAGCAUGGAUGUCGUUCACUUCAAAACAAUGUUGGACAAGUCACGAGCCACGAACCAAGAACAGGAGGAAGAGUUGCGCCGACGACAGACAACCAUUUCAGAUUUUGAAAGUAAAGUGUCGGUGAUGGAAGUCGAAUUACGAAGUGCCUUAGAAGAUCGAAAUCGUGCUCAAGCCGAUGCAUCGGAAAGCAGUUUGGCUCAAGAUGAUGUGGUGUCACAGGCGCGUGCCGAUCGCGAUUCGGCCAUUCAACGACGAACAAAGGCUGAAAUUGAAUUAGCAAAAACUCGUGUCGAACUCAUGCAAGCGAACAGCGAAUUGCUCGAAGCCAUUAAUCAAAAAGUCGAACUGUCGCAACAAUUGGAGCAGUGGCAGGUGGACAUGCACGAAUUGUUGGAGGAGCAAAUGAAGCGUCAAUUGGAGGAUAGCCAACGAAAAGCAAAAUCGAGAAAUAUCGCGGUCACACCACCCAAGCCAACAUAUUCACACCUUCUAAUGCGACUAUUCCAGCGAUAAACAUUCUAAUCGCUCCCGUACCUGCCCGCGUCAGUGAAUAGAUCAUCAUUUCGGCUCAAUCAAGAGCAAAUAUUAGAUCGUUUUUACUGAGAGAAAAAAAUUCCGUCUUUUUUUAAAUAUUUUUUUGUUUGUUUAUAAAACCAAAUCUCACUCACUCCCUGGAACUGUGCAAGCGAUUUAGCGUAUUUUUCCAUUGUGUAAUUUAUUGAUUAAUCUAUUUUGUAUAUUAACGUUUAGCAAAUAAGAAGAGUGAUUGUAAAAUUGGUUCGAUUGAAUCGACUUGAAUUUUUCGCCUUUGAAAAUGAUGUUCUUUUUUUAACGAAAAAAAAAUCUCGUGAUAAUUGAUUAAUGCGAUUUUGUCGAUGUGAUAAACGACCAACAACAUCGAAUAUUGUUGAAAUUGUGAGUAUUGAUCGUCACAUUUUAUAUCUUUUAGUCUGUGGCACACGAAAUAUCAGCCUUUGAUCGCUGCCCAAAUUUAUCUUCGUCUAAAUUUUUUUUUUUUUUUCAAAUUAAAUAACUUUUUUUUUUCAAAAAUAGAAGAAAUCAAUUCGAAACAUUUCAACAAUUUCGAUAUUCGAAUCGCAUUUAAAAACAUCAACAAAAAAACUGUACAUUUUUUUCUGCCGGAAAUUUAAUGGUGAAAAAUUUAUUCUAAGAACAAACAAUAAUAUAAAAAUAAACAGUUAAUAAUUGGCAAUGAAAAAAAAAA